ACCCUUCACAGGCCUCCAGGCUCUUCCUCUUGCUAGGCGGUUGCAGAAGACACCUUCAACCUACCAGCUUCCUGAUGGCUUUCGACAGGGAACCGAACUUUUCGACAUGCGUGAACCAGUUUCUGACUUCAGACAAGGUACCGAACCCUCCAGGAGAUUCAUCGUGGACCUGAACACCGGUCUGCUGCAAGAACACAUGAGCGAGAUGGACAGGGGAGACGCUUUCAUCCGUCCUCUAGGAAAAGGAUUGGGAGAGAUGGAGGGAAGUCACCUGCUGACAAAUGAGGUCCCUGAAGAUGUUCCAGCCCAGAAGAACAUUGGUGGUGCUGUUUGGGUCCGGGUGGAGAAACCCUCUGAUCCUCGUCUCCCAGAGGGUUUCAGACAGGGAACUGAACCUAUGAUGUCUCUCCCAGAGAGUUUCAGACAGGGAACCGAACCUAUCAUGUCUCUCCCAGAGGGUUUCAGACAGGGAACUGAACCCAUGAUGUCUCUUCCAGAUGGCUUUAGGCAGGGAACUGAACCUAUUCACACGGUCCCAGAUAGUUUUAGGGAGGAAAUUCAAUCUAUGAAGUCCAUCCAUGAGGGGCUUAGCCAGGGAACCGAACCUAUUCAUAUGGUCCCAGACGGCUUUGGGCAGGAAAUUACAUCUAAGAUGUCCAUCCCAGAUGGUUUCAGACAGGGAACCGAACCCAGGAUGUCCAUCCCAGAGGGUUUCAGACAGGGAACCGAACCCAGGAUGUCCAUCCCAGAUGGUUUCAGACAGGGAACCGAACCCAGGAUGUCCAUCCCAGAGGGUUCAUUCUGUGUAGACAGGACAACUACUUGGUAUAGACUACUAUGA